CGCUUUUCUCGAUCACUCCACUGUCGCUCGCCUUUCUCGUCCCUCGCUCCAUCGCUGACUGUGAACCGUGACAGUGAGACAGAAGGUGACCGACCGAAUGUAGAGUCGUAGAUGAAGUUUUGGGGCUGAUAUGAUGGAGGAAGCUCCGGUUAGUGCAGCUGCGGCAAUCUUUGUCAUACUUUUGCUCUUGCAUCUGUUCCUGGAGUACUAUUCUCGAAUAACACCGACUGGGCAGCUCAGACCUCAGGAGCGUGAAUUGGUGAAGGAGAUAAGAGAACUGCAUCGAGCAGCCGAUGCACUUGCCACGCCGGCCACAUUUUCUAAAUCUGCCAAGUUAAAGCGGUCAGCUGCUGCAAAGGAGAAGGAGCUUGCUCUUUUGAGGCAGAAUCUGGCCCUCCAGAAAGGAUGGUGGCUUUCUCUUUAUUCCACUGCCCCUAAUGCUCUCGAGGUCGUUGUCUACAUGAUUCUGGCUCAGUGGUUCUGGCAUACUUCUGUUGCAACCAUUCCUGCUUCCUUUCUUCAACCUGUUUCCUUUCUUCAACCGUACGAACUAUCAUCGAACAAAGAAUCAUUAGGAGGUGAAGUAGCGGUGGGUAUCUUACCAUGGCUUGCUUUGACAUCACGUGUCAGCAAAUUUGUGUCGACAAAGAUUGUUGGAAAGCCUCCAUUGAAAUCUGCUGCAAAAGUUUCAUUUCAAUAAACUGAUUAUGUACUAUAUAUCGUCUCAUUCAUUAAAUUCUAAUGUAAAGGUCUGAUGUGAAGCUUGCACUCGCGCUGUGAACGAAGGUGACCGACCACUUGAGAGUCAUGCAUGCAACCUCCUGAAUUUCUGUGACAGUUCAAAUAUUC